ACAAGUUUUGAUUGGAUGCAGCGUUCUGUAUACUCGCGGCCAGCCAGCCAAAGCAACUGCUGCCCAAGUUUGGAAGAGCCCAUUGGCGUUGGCAACAUGACACGUUAUUCACAGGAGCCUGACAACGCCACAAAGUCAUGCAAGGCGCGUGGCUCCUACCUUCGAGUGCAUUUCAAGAACACUCGGGAGACGGCUGCCGUCAUCAAGCACAUGCACCUGCGGAAAGCGGUGCGUUUCCUGAAUGACGUCAUCAAGAAGAAGCAGUGCGUCCCCUUCAGGAGGUUCAAUGGUGGAGUUGGUCGCAAGGCUCAGGCCAAGGCGUGGAACCACACACAGGGACGCUGGCCCAAGAAGAGUGCGGAAUUCAUGCUUCAGCUGCUGAAGAAUGCAGAGAGCAAUGCCGAAUUCAAGGGCCUAGAUGUGGACUCCUUGGUGAUCGAUCACAUCCAGGUCAAUGCUGCCCCCAAGAUGAGACGCCGGACCUACCGUGCUCAUGGUCGCAUCAACCCCUACAUGAGUUCUCCCUGCCACAUGGAGGUCAUCCUGUCUGAGCGUGAGCAGAUCGUGCCCAAGCCUGACGAGGUGGAGAAGAAGACGAAGAAGGUGUCCAAGAAGAAGAUGGCACGCCAGAAGAUGAUGGGACGAGAAUAGACCCUCGGAGUAGCAAAUGGGAAGAGCCUAAAUUCAAACAAUACAACCACAUUUGAAAGCACUCUAGAGAAGGAGAGGGGGGUGUGUUUGUGCAUACAUCGACGACUGAUGGUGAAUGGUGUUAAUAAAAAUCAGAAAGUAUAAAAAAGAA